GAUAUGGAAAGAACAAACCAUUCAGUGGUAACUGAGUUCAUUUUGCUGGGACUUUCCAAGUCUCAUCAUCUUCAGGUUUUGUUCUUUCUGGGGUUCUCUGCAGUCUAUGUGGGGAUUGUGUUAGGAAACCUCCUCAUCUUGGUCACUGUCACCUUUGAUUCACGCCUUCACACACCAAUGUAUUUUCUCCUUAUCAAUCUCUCCUGUAUUGAUAUGAUCCUGGCUUCCUUUGCAACCCCUAAGAUGAUUAUGGAUUUCCUCCGAGAAAAGAAAACCAUAUCUUGGUGGGGAUGUUAUUCUCAGAUGUUCUUCAUGCACCUCCUAGGUGGGAGUGAGAUGAUGUUGCUUGUAGCCAUGGCAAUAGACAGGUAUGUUGCCAUAUGCAAGCCCCUCCAUUAUAUGACGAUCAUGAACCCACGGGUGCUCACUGGGCUAGUGUUGUGCUCCUAUACAGUUGGAUUUGUGCACUCAUCCAGUCAGAUGGCCUUCAUGUUGAACUUGCCUUUCUGUGGUCCCAAUGUUGUAGACAGCUUUUUCUGUGACCUGCCCCUUGUGAUCAAACUUGCCUGCAAAGAUACCUAUGUGCUGCAACUCCUAGUCAUUGCUGACAGUGGUCUCCUGUCCCUCAUCUGCUUCCUCCUCUUGCUUGUGUCCUAUACAGUCAUCAUAUACUCGGUCAGGCACCGCGCUGCAGGGAGCUCCUCUAAGGCCUUCUCCACUCUCUCAGCACACAUCACGGUUGUGACUCUGUUCUUUGCUCCGUGUGUCUUCAUCUACACAUGGCCCUUCAGAAAAUACUCUGCAGAUAAAAUUCUCUCUGUGUUUUAUACAAUUUUCACCCCUCUCUUAAAUCCUAUUAUUUAUACAUUAAGAAAUCAAGAGGUAAAAGCAGCCAUUAAGAAGAUAAGGACUCGACAUAUAAAUUAA